GCCCCUUUUGAAGCUCAACAUGCUAUUUCCACAGUCAGCUCGGUAUCUUUUGAGACAUACCUCGAAAGUUCAUCCUUUUACGUAAUAGAUACCGCGGCCAAGCCAAAAACCUAACGCGAGAACACGAGCCGUAGAUAGUUACGUUACGUUAAAUGGAAUUUCCCGGUAUCGUCGACUCGCGCACAGUGAAUCUGAACACACAAUAAACACUUCCGGGUGUUUGUCUACAAUAAGAUUAUGGCAUGGUUUGUUUUUAAGUGAUUUUUUUUCUUUGAACGUCAAACAGCAUGGACGACAGCGCCUUACAGCUCAUAUAAUGUAAUCGUAUUUUAAUCUUAUUUAUUUACGUCAUUGAAACUUUAUCGCUUUGUUUUGUCCUGCCAGCUGUGCGCGUGUAGAUUUGGUGGAUCAUGUCCAGAUGUUGAUCUCCAUCAGAUUUGUAAUCCAUGGGAUUACAGCGUGUGUUGUAUGAAGUAUUGUAUAGUGUUCGCCAUGAAACGCAUUGUUUUCUUUUUGGCGUCUUUCUUUUUGACGGAGUGUUCAAGGAGAAACAUUAGGGAUGUCCUGGACGACGAGUACGACCAGCUCAGUUCAAUGCUGUCAGACUUUGAUGUUCUUCAGCUGUCCAGUCUUCAACAGCAUUCAGUACGGAAGAGAGAUGUACAGGCCCACACACAUGCAGAGAGGUUUCUUAGUUUCACUGCAUUAGACAGGCAUUUCAAACUGUACCUGACAACCAACACAGAGCUUUUCACCCGUGACUUUAAUGCCGUGGUGAUAGGAGAGGAUGGCGCACAGGAGAUGUUUGAGGUCCAAAGAGAGAACUUCUUCACUGGUCACGUCGUCGGAGAGCUGAAUUCUCGUGUACAGGCACAUAUCAGUGCCAAUGAUUUCUCUGCUCAUAUUCUCACUGAAGAAGCUGAAUACAACAUUGAGCCACUGUGGAGGUUCACUGAAGACCCUCGGGAUGGGCGGCUGCUUGCUUAUCGUUCAGAGGACAUCAGGAACGUGACCCGGCUGGCAGCUCCUAAAGUGUGUGGUUACAUCAGCACAGAAGACAACGAGAUGAUGCCAGAGAGUGUGCAGGGAGCCACAGCAUUACAUGAAGACAAUGAUGAGUAUGAGCACAUGAGAGAGAGAAGGCAAACCCAGGACCACAGCAAAAACACUUGUCCUCUGCUGCUUGUGGCAGACUAUCGCUUUUUCAGACACAUGGGACGUAAGGAGGAGAGCACCACCCUUAACUACCUGAUUGAGCUGAUUGAUCGUGUGGACGACAUUUAUCGCAACACAUCAUGGGAUGAGCAAUAUAAAGGUUAUGGAGUUCAGAUUCACCAGAUCAUAAUUAAUAGGUCACCCACAAAAGGAGAGCCCGGAGAAGCCCACUUCAACAUGAAGGGUUCUCCUGUGAAGAACAAAGAUGUUUGGGAUGUCAAGAAAUUGCUGGAGCAAUUUAGUAUCGACAUCGCAGACAAUGCAUCAAAGGUUUGCUUGGCUCAUCUGUUCACAUACCAGGAUUUUGAUGAAGGCACACUAGGCCUGGCGUACGUGGCUCCAAUAAAGAGUGGAUUUCCUGGAGGUCUUUGCUCUGAGAAGUGCCCUUCAGGAAAUGACAACCGGGCUAUAUACCUGAACACUGGACUAACCAGCACCAAGAAUUAUGGGAAAACCAUUCUUACCAAGGAAGCAGAUCUGGUUACCACUCACGAGCUCGGUCACAACUUUGGUGCCGUGCACGACCCGGAUAACGUGCUCUGUGCGCCCAGAGAGGAUCAGGGAGGAAAAUACGUAAUGUACCCCAUUGCAGUGAGCGGCGACCACUCCAACAAUAAAUUGUUUUCAACCUGCAGUAAGGAAUCUAUAGCAAAGCAACUGAUGUCCAAGGCCUCCACCUGCUUCAAAGAGAGGAACAGCAAUGUGUGCGGAAACUCAAGGGUGGAGGAAGGAGAGGAAUGCGAUCCUGGACUGCUGAACCUAAACGAUGACAACUGCUGCACAUCAACCUGCAAGCUUAAGCCCGCUGCGGUGUGCAGUGACAGAAACAGCGCCUGCUGCAAACGCUGCCAGUUCGAGGACUCUACCAAGGUGUGCCAGGAGCCGAUGGAUGCCACAUGCAAGGGCAGAUCUUACUGCACAGGAAACAGUAGCGAGUGCCCUCCUCCAGAGAACCUUGCUGAUAGGAACAUCUGUGUCGACAACGGGCGAUGUCUGAACGGGGAAUGUAUCCCAUUCUGUGAGGCUGUUAAGAACCUGCAGUCAUGUGCUUGCAAUGAGACGAUCAACUCUUGUAAGGUAUGCUGCAUGGAUAGGAACGCUGUAUGUUCUCCGUAUGUUGAUAACAUGGGGAACCUGUUGUUUCUGCGGAAAGGCAAACCCUGCACUGUGGGCUUUUGUGACGGAGCUGGCAAAUGUAUGAAACAGGUUCAGGAUGUUAUUGAAAGAUUGUGGGAUUUCAUUGACAAGCUGGACAUUAAUACCUUUGCGAAGUUUUUGGCAGAUAACAUUGUUGGCACAGUUGUGGUCUUCUCACUUCUUUUCUGGGUUCCUCUCAGCGUUCUGGUCCACUGUGUGGAUAAGAAACUUGACCGGCAGUAUGAAUCAAACACCAAGUCCCUCUUCUUCCACAGUAACGCUGAGCUACUUAGCAGUCUUGAAUUAGCCUCGGGGAGGAUCUUCAAACCAACGUCUGCUUCAGCCAACUCCGCCGAGCCCCGAUUCCAGGCAUCCGGUCCUUUGCAGACCAGCACUCCACCCGUUUCACUCUCCCAGAUGGCUCCAGCACUGGUCCCAUGUCAUCUUCCAAAAACAGGGACCCAGCACAUGACCACCAUCGAAGAAGAUACCAGCUACAAUUCCCACCUGAAUGAACAAACCCUUGGAGAGGACUUCCCUACAUCUGGUUCUGCUUCACGCUCAUUUGAUGACCUGACAGACAACCGAGAGAAUGCCAUGUUCUUCACGGGGAGGAGAUAUCCACAGACUAUCAGUAAGGAGACUGAAUGUUGAGCACUUGAUUGUAUAGAAGGAAAUGGAAAGAAAAAAUGGACUCGAGAGUUAUUUUAUUGGGAAUUCUCAAAGCUGAACAGAUCAAGCAAGGAGUUUAACGCUCAUAGUUUCUGUAUGGAAAAUACCCAGAAUGCAAUGUUUUUAGAGCGCUGGAAGCUGCAAAAAGCACAAAUUUUUCAGUGAGGUAUCAUACGGAAUUUGAUUUUGUUAAUCUUACACACAGAGGGAUAUUCAACCAGUUAUAUUGUUAAAGGCUUAAGAUUGGCAUGAAUUUUAAAUUGACCCUAUUUUUUUUCUUAAUGCAUGUUACUGGUCCUAUUAUUUAUUAUAAAAGUUGUUUGACCUUGGUGCAGUUAAAGGUGAAGUAAGCGAUUUCUGAGAAAUGCUGUGGAAUUUUGAAAUUGAUAAACAAAUGAACACAGCUCCACCCAAACAACACUUGUAACACAUAAUAUAUUAUUUUAUAUAUUUUUUUUAUAUAAUAAAAAAUAGCAUUAGAGAGAUUUAUCUUUGGAUCAGUGCAGUUCCCAAAAACAUGCAUCUAGGAAAUAUUCACAAAUUACUUUGUUUUUUUAAGCCAAUUUAAUAUAACGGUGUGCCACACCAACUUUUCACAAUCUACUAAACAAGUUUAAAGUCCUGCCCUUAUUUUUUUAAAUCAUGCAGUUUUACUCGUAAAUAAUAAUCGUCGUUGAAUACAAUUCUUGUAUCAAAUUCUGAAACCCAUAAUGUUAUGUGAUAAUAUAUGUUCUGACAUUCACCAUACAUCCAAAUGUUUUGUAUCCUCUAUAGCAGUGGUUCUCAAAUUUGGAUCCAGGGGGCCACAGAUUUUGUGCCAUUUUAUAAAAUAUAGAAAUUUAUCAUAGAUUUUAUGAAAUAAAACAGAUCACCAAAAAAAAGAAUUGAUGUUCCAGCAUUGUGUAACCGAAUACGUGUUUGUUUUAAUUCAAGUUCUAAAUAUAAGAUUAUAAAUCUUUAUUUGGGGGGCUGCAAAGCAAUGGACUCUACAUAAAGGGGGUUUGAGAGCCACUGCUCCAUAGACCAUAAUCUGGUGCUUUUAAUCUCUGCAAAUGAUGAUCACGUUUACUUUGAAGGGCAUUUGAUAUUUACAAAUGUAGGCUCUGAAGUAGUUUAGUUAAGCAUAUGAGCACUUUUAUUACGGUGUUUGAGUGUAACAUGUACUGUUACUUAAGUGUUGUACCUGCAGAUAUUGGGAAAAUUGGUUGGUACAUGAGGAAGUUUAUAAAUUCAUUAUUGAAACAAGUCGCUAGGUAAUUUAAGGAACAAUUGUUUUUAUUGUAAUUGUGUGCACUUAACUUCACGGGCACUGCAAAAAAAAAUCACAAGACCGCUGAAUGCUUUUAAAACACUGCGAUACAUUGCUGUGCCACAUGCGGGCCUAAUGUUUAUGAGUGACUGUGCGUAAGAAUAAGUAUCUUACAGCUGCACCUAAAUGAAUGUGUACGGAUAUUUAACAUUGCUCUGAAAAGUAACAUAAGUGCCUUGCAGUUGUUUUGUAAAAAUGUUAUUUACUGAAUGUGUUUUAUAACAUGUAAAAAUCCUUAGUAAACUGACUCGGGAGUGGCAGUGUCUUUUGUAGGGGGCUAAAUGGUCACCUUUGGCUUGUAUUCAUCUGUGUAACCAUUGGGAGUGUGUGUAGAUCACCUGUAUGUUUAUUGUAUUAAAAUAGUGUUGACCUCUCGAUAUACCAAGCACAAAAGUUUCUGUUAAAACAGAUCGAACUCUGAAAACUUGUGUCAAAUCCUGUGAAAUCCUUUUCAGUGACCACAAUACUUGCCUGUUGGCCUUGUAACAAUUUAAGUAUUUGUGUUGUAUUUUGUAUCAAUGUGUUACACGUUUGUAUAACCUAAUAGCUUUGUGCAAGUUUUCGUUUUUAAAUCAAAGCAUUGUCCUCAAUAAAAGACUGUGUAUUUAAAAUCAA